AUGCCUCGCAACAAACAGCGCCUCUAUCUCGCCCUCUAUUCGCGCACCGGCAUCACGCCUAGCAUGCCAGGCAAGGAAGACGCGUACUACUGGGCCCUUCUCAUCGGACCCAAGAAUGAAAACAAGUCUUCGCAAGGAAUCAAGUGCCAUGCCAAAACCAUAAUUACCUUUGACGACAGCAUAAAAGGCAAAGAAACCGCCAUUAUGACGUUCCAAUACGAAGAACGAAAAAUCUGGUUGACGGCUGUGGACUCGAUUCUUGUGCGAUUAGUCCUCGCAAAAGUCGUCGAGACUGACCGGUUGUUAGACGUGCUGCGCGGCACGAGAGUCAAGAAGCAUGGAGACGCGGGAGGCUGGAAUUGUGUCCACUGGACAAGAGACGCUUUGGAGAGGUUGAUGGAAGAAGACGGUGUGCUGGGCGCUCGUGUGCUUGAUUGGGACACAGUUCGAGAUACUGCCGUAUGGUAUGCGGACGAGAAGACUGCACAACAUAGAUUUGACGGCAAAGCCAUUGGGACUUUUGAUAAGACGAAAGUGCCAACAUGGGACUUACUAGACGACGUGGAGCUUGAGCCUUGAUUGAGCUUUGUUAUGAAAAAAGGUUUGGCCGGGCUCGCCAGAAGAUUCUGGCUACUCUGAGCCAGGUAUGGCCUGAAGUGGAUCUGGCGUUGAUCGCGGUCCCAGAGCCUAUUCGAUAAUCCUUGCGACCUUUCCAGGAUCAUGUAUCGAUGGCAACAACCAAGCCCAGGAACUCCUUUUCAGCUGGCGGGAGGGGAAAUGCAGGCCUCUCCAUGAAAAGUUUGCUGAUUUCUUGCGUGCGGCACAUAUGAAUUGCACCAAGGCUGUGAAUGGAAACCAGAACACGAGUGGUCAGAUAUGUCGAGGUCACUCUCUCACAGCGGCCCUUCCGUAACGACCGUCAUGACUCCAGUACGGACUCUGCUGGUCGUUUUCUUCAACUCCCGAUGGGCAGGGCAUUCUUGAUCGUAGAACGCAUGGUCCUGGUGGUUUUUGAAAAUGGACUGCGAAGCUAUAGUAUAGCCUUCACUUAACGGCGACGAUGUGUUCAAGAUACGGCGCGAGCUGUUGGAUACUAUGUACGGUUUGCCGUCCCGAAGCGCAGUACUUCUGAGGAUUUCGUAUGCCUUCAAAACAGCUUCAAUGUCCUCGUCCUUGGCCACUUUGAAUAACGUCAAUCGCUUAACGAAGUUGUUGUCUCCUCCUGCCCCGGCCUGUGAUGAUGAUGAUGAUGAUGAUGAUGAUGAUUCGAGCCUUCUGCUGGCGACAUGUACAUGUGGCAUCUUCCGCAUCACCUGUGGCCGCGAGGAGAGGAGUCGACGAGGCUGCAUGAUCAUGAUAGCUCACGGUCCU